UGUGUUUUAUGUGGAUUUUUCUCAUGACGGAGUGCAUUUUAUUUCGUUAGUAAAACAGUAUCGACAUCGUUAUCACGGUAGUAAAUGGUAGAAUAAUAAGAACAUAGUAACAUACCGUAUAUAAUGUGUUGUACAAUUCACAAACAUCAUACAGUAUUAAAAAAAACUUGUUAGGUAUCCAUGAUUAGUAGAAUCUAAUUCUUACAGUACAUGGAGGCUGUGUAUUUACAGGUCGCAUUGCAAAUUCAGUUUUCCUGUUGCAGUUAAAAUGUAAUCGAAUCCAAUAACGUUCAACUCAACAACACAGUUUUAAGAUCUUCAAGAAGCUCAGAAGUCCAAAGAUGUCUGGUUAUUACAGCAUUGUAAUUCUCUUCACAUCUAACAUCUGGAAAGACUCUAUGGUCGUAAAAUACAAAAAAUACAUGAUGUGUGAAAUGCCAAAUUACUGUCGAAUAAUUCUUUCUUUUUUCUCAAAAAGGUUGAAGAAUCUGAUUAAACAAGUUAGAACGUAAACAUUUCAGUCUAUGAUGUGAGACCUUAAUAAGAACAUCGCAGUUGUCAAAUGUUUGGUGUCAUUAACAGAUGAGUGUGAUAUCAGAAAAAUGUGUGAGUCGGAUUCAGUUUGCCAGUUUGUACGUUCUUUCCGUCUAAGAAACUGCACUUAGUUAUGGCUCUGAGGAUAGUGGUACAGAGCUUUGACUACUGAUUUCGGUUUCUUCAUUUCUCCCUUGCAGACAUGCUGCACAGACGAAAGACUAAAUGUGAUUGACUUUUGGAAAUCAAGAGGCCUGGCUUUUUUUUAUUUAUUAUUAUUAUUAUUAUUAUUAUUAUUAUUAUUACUAACCUUGGCAAGCUGCGUUCAGCCUACAUAUUAUUUAGGACAAUGGCAUUUAUACCUGUGGUUGACUUCGAUGUCUACAAACUUGGUACCAGCGACGUCACUGACGAGAAAUUGCAAGAGUUAGGCGAAGAAAUUCGAAAGGCCUUCACUGAUGUGGGGUUUGUGUUUCUCAAAAACACUGGAAUAGAGCAGAAAGAGGUGGAUCAUGUCAUGGACAUUUCUAAGAAGUUCUUCCUUCUUCCUGAAGAGGAGAAAAGACCCUACAGUAGGGGCAAUUACACAAAUAACGGCAAUCACGGAUGGGUGUCCUCCGAAAGAGAAAGUUUAAAUCCUCAACGUCCAGGAGACUUGAAGGAGGCCUUUAAUACUACAUCUCUGAAGGCUGAUAUAAAUUGGCCCUCUGAUGGUUUUCGUGAUAUCAAAGUGGACUUUUUCAUGCGCUGUAAGGAGCUCUCUCUCCGUGUACUGAGGGUCAUGGCUCUCAGUUUAGGCCUGGAUUCAGAGUUUUUUCUCAAAGCACACAAGUACAUUGGAAGUGAUGCUAAUGACACCACCCUGCGCUCUCUGUAUUAUGGUCCGGUGAAGGCUGAGUGUGCGAAGAAAGAUCAGAUCCGCUGUGGUGAGCACUCAGACUAUGGCAGCAUCACUCUAGUCUUCCAGAGCCAAGAGGCAGGGCUACAGGUAUUAAACAAGAAUAAGGAGUUUAUCUCAGUCCCAAGCAUCCCUGGAACAGUGCUGAUCAACAUCGCAGACCUGAUGCAGAGGUGGACCAGUGACGUCUUUGUAUCUGCUAUGCACAGAGUUCUACUACCCCCUGAGAAUGACUCAAGCACAAGGCAGUCGUUGGUGUUCUUCGUGCAGCCGGAUAACGAUGCCAUCAUUAAGUGUUGUGAUGGCUCAGACAAAUAUCCUCCUGUGAACUCACUGGAUUAUCUGCUGUCAAGAUUCAACCUCACUUAUGGCAAGAAAUAGAAACGUGAUUCUCCUUACAUGUGUGUAGAAAAUUUCUCACCAGAGGCUACAAUAACACCCUUCUUCCAUCAGCAUGUUUACAUACACAUUAAUAUAAUCAUUACUGAUUUGAUCUGAUGUUGACUUCAAAUUUGUGAUCAAAUAUUCAUUGAAAUUUGUCUUGUUUAAUGUCCAAGCUGUGGAAUUUGACCAAUUGUGUAAUUUCUUUUAAUUAGACACCUUCAAUGAUUUAUAGAAUUAUUUUUUAUAGAUUUUUCUAUCCUUAAUUAAAAGUAACAAAAUAAUUUGGACUCAGGGAAUUUUUAUAGGCAACUUCUUUUUAGCCUAAAUAAAAAAAAACUCUUUAUAUACUUUAUAAUUGAGAAUUGUAUUCUAAUCUUGUACUACUAUUUCAAUGUUCUGUGUUGACUGACAAUCAUUAACAAUGCAUUAUUAAUGCAAAUAAAGUUUGAUACAUCGUCAAAGCAA